GACAGGAAGACAUUUAUGUUGCAACGUGCACGGAUCUUAGUGUACUCCGACCUGACUCCGACUAUUAAUUUGCCUUGUUAAAUUGAGUUUAUAUUCCAUUAUGUCGGAUGCCUUGCUUCGUUGGUGUGUGGACCAAUUACACCAUACCUUUGGAUUGGAAGCUUGUGAAGACAUUGUCCAAUACAUUCUAGCCAUAGACAAUGAAGAUGAGAUAGCUGAAUAUGUUGGCGACCUCCUGCAAGGGACGGACGGUAGAAAAAGACAGUUCAUAGACGAGCUGCUGGACAGGUGGCAGAAGACUCUGAGACAGACACCUGACAACUCUGGGAUGUAUCUCCUCAAAGACUCUGUCACAGGAGCAGAUGGUAUAGAUAUGACCAAAGACUGUCAAAAGAAAACCAAGCGCAAGGGCAGGAAUAAGCAGGAGGUGAUGGCAGUAAGCCAAGUGGAGAUAGAACCUGAAGCAGUAAAAACUCCUAUUGACUUAAUGAAGGCCCAAGAGAGUGGAAGUUCAUCCUCGCAAAAGAAAAAGAAUAAGUUUGUUAAUCUCUAUGCCAAAGAAGGCCAGGACAAACUGGCGAUCAUGCUCCCUGGGCGCCAUCCCUGUGACUGCCUGGCCCAAAAGCACAACCUUAUCAAUAACUGUAUAAGCUGUGGUCGUAUUGUGUGUCAGCAGGAGGGGUCUGGCCCCUGCCUCUUCUGUGGAAGUCUGGUGUGUACCAUAGAAGAGCAAGAAAUCUUGCAAAGAGACUCUAACAAAAGUCAGAAACUACGCAAGAAACUAAUGGGAGAAGGGGAUAGGGACCAACUUCCUCACCAGGAGGCUCGAAUGAGUGCAGGGUUAGAAAAGGCCCUCCAGCACAAGGACAAACUACUAGAAUAUGACAAGAACAGUGUUAAGAGAACCCAGGUUCUGGAUGAUGAGUCUGACUACUUUGCCACCGACUCCAACCAGUGGCUCUCGCCAGGCGAGCGCGAUAAUCUGAGGAAACACGAUGAGGAGCUUCGUGAGCUUCGCCACGCCUCCAGGAAGGACAGGAAAAUUACACUAGACUUUGCAGGCAGACGGGUGCUGGAUGAAGGACAGAACCUUAACCAAUACUAUAACAAGUUGGAUGAGACAGUAAAGGCUCUCAGCACAGGCUCUCAGUUGAAGUCACCACAACGCUUUGAGGGACCAGGAGAUCAACAGCAUAUGGGAGAGUUGGUGAACCCCAACAUAGUGCAGUCUGCACCAGAGUGGGUGAAUGUAGGCUGUGGUGAGAGCUACCGGAAGAACCAGGGCAAAGGCCUGGUGCAGGAGGCUGCCAAGGUGGAGCGCUCCAGACUCCGUCUGCAGGACAGGGAGUUGCAGGAGAUGGCUGACGGAGGCUGGUGCCUCAGCAUGCACCAACCUUGGGCCUCGCUUUUGGUUAAAGGCAUCAAGAGAGUGGAGGGGCGCACCUGGUAUACUUCUCACCGGGGUCGUCUUUGGAUCGCUGCAGCAGGCAAGAAAGCCACCCCUCAGGAGAUCACAGAGGUGGAAAACAUGUAUCGCCAAAUAUUCAAGAGAGAUCCUAAAUUUCCUAAAGACUACCCUACUAGCUGUCUGCUGGGAUGUGUCAACAUGACAGACUGUUUGACCCAGGAGGACUACAAAGAACAGUUUCCCAACACCUGUGAAGAGUCGGCAUCUCCAUUUGUUUUCAUCUGUACCAACCCUCAGGAGUUGGUAGUGAAGUUCCCCAUGAAAGGGAAGCACAAGAUCUGGAAGCUGGAGAGCCAACACCACCAGGGUGCCAAAAAGGGGCUGGUUCCAUCGGCAGCAGUGUGAAUUCUGAGAGACAGAGGAGGAGAAGAGUGAGAUGGAGUGAGAUUGCGUAGGCAGUCACAGCUGGAGACGAGACGGAGGUUGACAGAAAGAGAACUUCAGAUUCCAAAUCAUCUGUCUGUCCCUUGUGUUUUCAUCAGGAUGGACUAGCAUGUAUAACUGCUUCAAAGCCAGCCACAUCUAAUCAGGGGUUUUACAGUUAAAGAAAGUGACAGUGGAACCAUAUUAAAAAAUCAAGCAAAUAUUUUGCCAAAUUACAUUGCCUUGAGCAGCUGUAUUUUCUUCAUUAAUAAAAAUAAAAUAUCUU